AAUCGAUUCAGGAGUUCAAGCUUCAGAUACCGGAUAUAAUGAAAACGCAGCCAAUCAAAACGGUCACUGGUCGAGCUAAACUUAUCCUUGUAAAUAAGUGAGAUAUAAAAUGCACAGAUGAUUGCUGAAAAGGCGUGAUUUUGACGUUUCCAUGAGAUCAACAUAUACUUGAAGUUUCAGGAUAUCAAAACAUAAGUGGAGCUGCCAUGUUGUCAACAUAUAAAAGAAUAAGUUUAAAAAUCAAAAUAUAAAUAUAAUUGCGAUGAGAUUAAUAUAGAAAUAAAAUUGACAUGAUGGCAAAACAUCACUGAACUGGCCCUAAGAUCAACAUUUAAGAAGGUUGUCUUGAGAACAAUAGAAUGUGAGGUUACCAUUUGAUGAACACGAAUGGGAGAUAACGACAAAUCAAUGCAGUUUCUGUGAUAUAAACAUAAGUUAAAAAAUAAAUUACAUGAAAUUGACGAAUUAACAACUUUUAAAAAGUGCGAAUUCUAUGAUAUUAACGCCAUGAUGAUAUACAAUGAUAUAAAGAUAAGUGUGAAGUUGAACUUGAUUUUGGCAUGACCUAUACAACAGAACAUGUUCAUGAUUGAUGUUUAUAUUGUACUUGACGUUAAGUUGCCGUAAAAUACAUAUGGUUUAAUUUAUGAUGAAUAUAACUUGAUAUGAAUAUUAGUGUAAAGGUGCUACAUUUUGAAAUAUUGUGAAGUUACACUCAUUAUACCAUGCAGAUGAUGUUACAAUCAGAUACAUUAACCAAAAAGAUGACAUCUGUCUCUCAAGAGGAAGAAAACUAUGCCAGAAUGGGCUUGUUACUGACAGGAAUUUCUCUUCGUGCAGCCCGAGCAUUGUUUGAUAAAGAAUUUCACCCUUCCUCUUUUAAAGCAGCGCUCAAAAAAGAGUAUAACAAACUGCAGGAACUGAAGAAAAAACAUGUUAUAAAUGAGCACCAUUGGAAUCUUUUAUUUCCUAAGUCUCCUAGUGUUCCAAAGUCAGAAACCUUUGACCUUACUUUGAUCAUACUUUAAUUGCGAAACUUGAAAGACUUGAAAUCUCCACAUGGUGGCUUUGACUGCCUUCCUACGGCAAUUGAGACGACGCCUGCUUCUGAUUUGGCGAGGAUAAAGUAUUACAGGAACUAUAUGGCCCAUCGUCAUGACGCCAAAUUAGACAAAUUUUUUUUCAACACUGCCUGGGAGGUAGUCAGUGAGGCAGUCGGCAGAUUAGGCGGACAUUCAAUGAGGCACGAAUGUGAUCAACUAAAGAGUAAAACACUUGAACGUAAAACAAAUGAGGUUAUUAACGAGUUAAAACAGUCAAUAGAGAGUCACAAGGCCAAAAUGAAAAGCACUGUGAAGAGGAUGAAAACUUCUUAUAGGAUUGUAGUUCAUGAGAAAGCAAAAGUGAAACAAAAACUAAAGUCCGUGCAAGAACAAAUAGCAGCUGAGCAAGAUGAGGUGAUUCCAAAACAUAUUAGAGAGCAGAUGAAAGAACAAAUUAAAGACUGGCAAAAGAAAGAUGAUAUGUUUGUGGCUACGAGAGCGAGUGAUUACGUCAUCAAAUGUUUAGAGAAUCACAAUUGUGUGACCUUAACUGCCCCAGCAGGAGUUGGAAAAUCAUUUAUUGCAAGACAUACAGCAUUGAUUUUGCAGAGGAAAGGAUAUAAAAUAAUUCCAGUGUAUUUUCCAAUAGACAUUAGAAAUUAUUAUCAACCUGGUAAACACACAGUCUUCAUUGUUGAUGAUGUUUGUGGAAAUUUCACUGCCAACCAACAACAAAUUGAGAGUUGGAGACAACUAUUACCUCUGUUAAACACGAUUAUAGCAGACAAAUGUUGUAAGAUUAUUGUAUCUUGUAGGUUACAAGUCUAUAAAGAUGAUAAAUUUAAUAUAUUACCCCCUUUUAAAUCAUGUGAAUGUAAUUUAAUAUCAGAUGAGCUACGGCUCAUAUCUGAAGAGAAAAUACAAAUUGCAAACAUGUAUAUGGGUACAAGGUGCGAGGGUCUGAACGAAGUAGCAAAGCAGUGUGAAUUCUUUCCACUUUUAUGUUAUCUUUAUCAUGACAAGGGAGACGUUGAUGCGACAGAAUUCUUCAAAAAUCCAUUUGAUGUUUACAAAAAUGAGUUAGACAAUCUUUGUAGGCAUGGUGAAGAAGGAAACUAUAAAGUUUGCAGUCUUGCAUUAUGUGUUCUAUUAAAUAAUCAAAAUAUUGUAAAAUGGUUCCGUGGCAAAGUUACAAGUGAACAACGAAAGAUUAUAGAAGACACAUGUGAGGCCUGUAAAUUGAACAAAAAUACACCAAAAGCAGUACUUAAAGAAGCACUUGAUACUCUAGAUGGUACAUUUAUACAUACACAGAACGGUAUUUAUAGGACUUUACACGAUAAACUGUUUGACUUCCUUGCUCAUUACUUUGGUCAUAAAAUGAUUGAAUGUUUAAUAGAUCAUGGUGAUAGUGAUUUAGUACGCGAACGUUUUCUCUGGCAAAAAUCACCAGAUGACAAGGAUAAUGUAGACUUCAUCAUUGAAAUACCAGAUGAAUAUAUAGAAUCUUACUUAGAAAGGUUGAUAAAGGACUGGUCGUUUGGAAGGGUGACAUGUGUUUUUGAUAACACUAAUUUGGCGGUAUCAUCAUUUAGACAACAGUUAGUACGGUACUUACUACAACUAGACAAAUCGCAACAGGUAGCUUUGGCCAGUACCAAGGAUACGGCGAUACAAAAAGGGAUCUAUGGAUCAGGUAAUACUCCACUGAUAUUGUCUUGUUAUCUUGGUUUCACUGAUAUGGUUCAAUGGUUGUUACAUAAUGAUGUGGAUGUGGAUCAGUGUAGGGAUGAUGGGGUCACUGGAAUGUACAUGGCAUGUCAGGAAGGGGAAACUACUAUUGUAAACAUUUUAUUAGAUAAUAAUCCUAACCUUGAUCUAUGCGACAAUGAAGGUGUCACUGCACUUUACUGGGCAUGUUAUGAAGGCCAUACUGCUAUUGUGAAGAUGAUAAUAGAGAAGAAUCAUAAAGUUAAUAUAUGUAACAAUAAUGGCCGUAGUCCUCUGUACCGGGCAUGUCUGAAUGGACAUACCGAUAUUGUAAGGUUGCUGUUAGAGACUGAUGCUUAUGUUGACCUCUGUGAUAACUUUGACUGUAGUCCUUUAUACAUGGCAAGUCAGAGUGGACACACUGAUAUUGUGAGGCUGCUGUUAGAGAGGGAUGCUAAUGUAAAUCUAUUUGAUAAAAGUGGCAAUAGUCCCUUGAUACAGGCAUGUAUGAACGAACAUAUUGAAAUAGUAAGGUUGCUGUUAGGGAAGAAUCCUAAUGUUGAUCUGUGUAACAAUGAUGGCAGUACACCAUUGAUAAGGUCAUGCAUUAAGAACAACAUCAGUAUAGUACAGUUGUUAAUUGAUCAUAAACCAAACAUUAAUGCCCAGACAUAUGAUGGUGGAAAUGCUUUAUAUUUCAGUGCAUUGAACGGAAACGAAAGAAUAACUCAGUUACUGUUAGAGAACAAUGCUGACUGUAAUAUUUGUAUCCAUAGUAAACAGUGUAUAGCAUAUACACUAACUAACCAUCCAAGGAUAACAUUAGAGCAAGAAAAACAAGCAUUCUUAUAUAGCUUUGAUAAGAGCACAUCUUCAAAUCUAAAAGAUUAUGUCAGAAAGAAGUCAGUAGAUUAUGCAUUUGAUGUAGUAGCUGGUUCUACCCCAUUGCACAUCGCCUGUUUUAUGGGUAGGACAGAUAUUGUUCGUUGUCUUCUGGAUCACAGUGCUAACAUCAACUUGGCAAAAGAAGAUGGCACCACGCCAUUGUUUUAUGCAUGUGAAGUAGGACAUCAUGACAUCGUACGUAUAUUGUUAGAUAAAGGAGCAAAUUUAGAAAUGUGUAGACUUGACAGGAAAUCUCCUUUAAACAUCGCAACAGAUAAUGGACAUCACGGUGUGGUGGAGAUGGUAGCAAAUUACCAAUCAGCAUAAACAUUCUAAUGUUGGUUCUGUUCAAAUGUAUUAGGGCUGUGUAAUUUUAAUAACCCAGUAAAACAUUUACGUUCUACCAUUUAAGUUUUUUUGUAUUGUCUCUAGAUUCCAAGUUACUAAAUUCAACAGAGCGUGUUUGUACAAUCCAUAGACACGGUAAGAUAGUCAUGUGUUGUGUAAAGUUUUCCUUUUAUAGAACAAUUUAGUAUCACUCUUUUUUCAUUCACCAGCUGAUUGUGACUUUUUUGGUAAAACAUUUUCAAGAAAUCAUUGAUUACCAGUAGUGCUGAAUGAGCAGGGACAAUGCAAAUAUCAAUUUUGCGGUCAUAUAAUAUCAAGUGAACAAAAAAAAACCCACACAAAAUUAGACAAAAGUGUGAAUGAUAUCACCAAAUUAAGAAAGAACCCAAAGGUUACUAUGUAAAUUUCAACAUAAGAUCUGACCUCACCAAAUGCGGAAACACAGGUUUAAUGAGAAGGAACGGUUGAUCGGACAUCUCAUAAUGGAGAAGAAACAAAAGUAAUGAAGUAUCAAUAAAUUAUGAGACAUAACCAAAUAGAGAAAAAAUACAACAAAUCAGAAUUGACAACACGUAUGAAUUUGACAAUAGAAUAUUUGACAAAAUCAAACGUAUCAACAACUAAAUGGUAUUGAAUAAAAUGUGAAACCACCAAAAACUAUGAAAAUAAGAAAAGAAGAUCUGAUAUCAUCAAAAUGUGAAACCAGCAGAAAGAAUAAAUAUAAGAACAGAAGAUCUGACAUUAUCAAAAUAUGAAACAACCAGAAAAUUUGGAAAACAGAAGAUUAGACAUAAACAUCAAAGGUAGGAAAAACAUAUGUAACAAAGACACAACCAUAGAUCGUAGAUCACUUGAUGAAAUACCAAAAAACAAAACGAAAAAAGGGGACACUUCAAGAUUUGACUUCAAAACCAAAUGGGUACAAACACAAAUAGUACUAUAGUGACAGACAAAAAUAUAUCAUUUCAUAAUGAAACCAAUAACAUGAAACAUACCAAGUUCACAAGCAAAGAUUUGACAUGACCAAAUGGGUAAAAACACAAAAAUUAACGUAGUUUCAAUAAAAGACAUGAUUGCUGCGACUCAAACGUUAUGAAGUAAAUAAAAAAAACAACCAAAAAGAACCAACGUCCACACCUGGACAAAAAAAACCAGAAAGUCGCAAUGUUUUGACAUUUCAAAUCUAAGAAAAACAAAGGAAAGUAUUUUGCCAAAAGUAUCAAAUCAACAACAAACAAAUGGGCAUAAAAAAUAAAGAGGGAAUAACGCAGAUCUCACAUUGCCCAAUAGAAAAACUAAAAAAGAAUGAUGAAACGAAAACCAGAUUAUGACAUCAUCGAAUAACAGACAUAAACACAAAAGGAAGUGAUGCCUGAUGAUCUGACACCUCCAUUUGAAGAGAAUCAAAGUAAUGAAAUGACAAAGAUAUGGCAUUACAGAGGUAAAAAAAUGGAAAUUUUUGCAUCAGUAUGAAAAAGACAAAACAAAAAGAAAGGAGCAAAAUGGCAACCAGAAGUGGGACAUUACCAAAUGAAGAAAAGCGCACACAAAAGUAUCAAGAUGAAGAACAAAGAUCAGAUAUCAGAUAUCAACCAAAAAUUCGAAAAAAAACACAAAAACACCAAAUUCACGAAAAAGAAAUUAAAUGUAAUCCGAAGAUCUGACAUCACCAUAUUGAAUACAAAUUAAGACAAGCGUUAUACGAAUUGCUGACUACAAAUAAGUACUGUAAUGAGAUUAAUCACCCAUCUCAUCAUUCAGAAGAUUACAAUUAAAACAGAUUUCUAAGAAACAAAGGCUGGAGUGACAUACGAUAUAUAAUACGAAAUUCAUAAUGCAUAUAUAGUCUUGUGUCUGCUUUUGGUAUUAUUUUUAUAUCAAUUGAGUGUUUUCUCGUCUAUAAUAUAGAUAUUGUGUAAUACAAAUUUGGGAAUAUUUAUUAAUUAAGAGAUAAAUCUCCCUCACGCAAAGCUCUGAAUUGUUGACCGGCUUUUGUUAUAUUUUUUGUCCUUUUUAAUUCAUAAACUCGUCAUUCUUUUAAUAAGUUUUAGAUUUUCCAAUGUUUGGCCUUGAGUAUCACAGGAGAUACAUUUAUUGUCGAAAUUCGCAUCUGGUGUAAAAACAUUAGUACCUUUAAUAUUAUUAGUACUUAUUUUUAGACACAGUCUCUUGAUGUGCAAGAUUCAAGAUUGUAUUUGAACACUCAGACACAGAUACAUGUGUAACAUGAAGUCAUUAAUUAUAGCAUUACAUAAACAUGACGAAGUAAACAUGUGGAAUCAAUAAUAUAGAUAUAGCAUAUAGAUAUAACAAUAAUAUACCAAUAUGUUUUCCUACUUUUCAGAACAUUUUGGAAAUGUUUUUGAUAAAUACAGAAAGUCGUUUAUACAGUUGUACAAUACAUAUUGAGAGAAACCUUCCAUUUUUUGAUAAUUAUGAUUCACUUUGUAGUAGCUUGGUAGAAACUUUUCCCUUAGAUCAACAAUAUUUUGAUUAGUACAUUUAAAUAACAAUUGAAGUUCAUCACCAAUAUUACUCUUACACAAAGUACAUAGUUACUCUAUCAUGUCUCGAACUAUUUUGCCAUCUGCCUGUUGUUUUAUUCGAGCGUAACUGAUGAGUCUUUUGUAGACGAAACGCGCGUCUGGCGUAAAAACAAAAUUUCUAUCCUGGUAUCUAUGAUGAGUUUAUUUUCAAAAGGCAGACGCAAGCUUGAACACCUAAACUAUGUGAUCCAAAGCCUGCAAUAUUCAGGAAGUUUAAGAAGGUAUGUUUCUAAAGUAAACUCUUUUAACUCUUUAAAUAAGGAUUAAAUUACCACACACCUUGAAGGACUAAAUCCAUCUACAUCUUUUCGUACCAGAUCUUGGUGUUCCUAUUUUUGUUUUAGUUUCUAUAUUUUUAUUUUCUUUAUGCAUGGAGUUUUUUGUAAUAAUCAACAUUUAGUCUUCGUUUGUUCAUUGUAUACAAUUGUAUGUUUUAUUAUUCAUCUUUUAUACUUGGUGAUCAUUGUCAAAAAAUAUGCAUGUAAUAAUUCCAAUAUAUUUAAAACAAGCAAUAAUUAUUUGAAUCGAAUCAAUGUGUCAGUUGCUUAUUACACUGGCUUCAACAUUAUCGCAUUUGUUUAAAAGCAAUUUAAAGAGUUAUUUUCAUAUGUUUUUAAUCUAACUUGUAAAAAAAUAUGUAUACCAUAAUCAUAUAUGAACUCAUCGUAAUCAUUAUGAUUUAAUAUGAUUAAGUUGUGUGCUUACUGAGUGUCUUUAAAUUUCAUGUUCUAAAUGACCUACGACUGAUAGAGAUAUUAUGCAAGUGCUAGUAUACAUGAUCAUACAUGUACAUGUAUAAAACUUUGAUUGGUUUUGGAAAAUUCAAAUAAGAAAUAAAAGAUUAAUACUGCUC